GAAAGCAGAGACAUCAUGGAGAUUCCAGGAAUAGGACGGCCGCUGAAACGGACUCGCAUCACGAGAGCUUGCGAACAGUGUCGGGCUCGCAAGGUCAAGUGCAAUGGCGAUGAGCCGUGUAUCACCUGUUGGCAGCACAAUCAGGCUUGUACUUAUCGUUCUUCUGGCACUGCGUCACAGGCGAGGUCUCUGCCUCAAUCAGUACCGUCGACAGGCCCAGAUCGCCAUGCUGAAUCUGGCUUGGAAGCUGGCCAAAAGUCAUCCCCGGCACGGUACAACCCUGAUGAGUAUCGUCAGCAGCUGGAACUGCGAGCGGGAAUUGGAGUGUCUAAUAGUCAGACGGGUUCAUUCCAAUUCUACGGGCCAUCUUCCAACUUUUGUUUCAUCCAGCGCAUCUACCAAAGGAUGAAACGACAGACUAACAUGACCCUGCUCGGUCAGCAAAAGACUGCCGUCCCCGACGGCCUAGGGCAAUGGGGUCUGGAACGAUUCAUGUUCGCCGCGGGCUCAGACACGCUCCACAUGAGAAGUGGCUCGACGGAGGCAUUUCUGUCCAAGGAGAACGGUCACCGAUUCAUAAACGCUUACUUCUCCAUUAUCCAUCCGCAUAUGCCGAUCCUCAGUAAGCGGGUGAUCGCCCCUCUGUGGGACCAAUUCUGGGAUGCUCCAACCCCCGGACGUGACGUUAAGUCUAAGGAUGUUGUCUACAUGGUUCUUGCGCUUGGGGCGAGGGCUAUGCCGCGUGAGGAGGGCUACAGUAUUGAGUUUCUUGAUAAGUGGGCAGAUCAUUUUUGGGCGCAUUCGAACAAUUUUAGUAUUCUGUUUCAGGAACCAAGUGUGAAGGGGACUCAUUUGUUGUUGCUAAAGGCAAUGUUUGCUGUGCACGGCAUGAGGCCCAACGACGCUUACCUUUACUUGGGCCACGCAGCUCGCAGUGUUCUAGCCCUAGGGAUCAAUCGCAGCCAAGUGGCUAAUGGCAGUGGAGAGGCCAUGCAUCGCCUACGCGUCACCUUUUGGGUGGUGUAUUACUACGAGCGAAUAUGUGCCUUCUUCACCGGCCGACCCUCGGGCUUCCUUGAUACUCAUAUUGACGUCUCUUACCCCGAGGACCUGCCUGAAAAGUCAGGGGACGGGCCUACAAUGCAGUGUGGAUUUGUACGCGCCAUGUCGCAGAUUGGACAGCUCAUUGAAAAGGUCUCAAGCGGCAUAUUUUCGCUGGCGAAUCUGCGGGCUCUGUAUGACAAUCGCAAGGUAGAUAUGACCAUUGUCGAAUGCAGUGCAUCUUUACAAGCUAUCCUGAAUAGCCUCCCCCCUUACCUGCAAUUCUUCGAAGCCAGCCGACCAAAGGGACUUGCCUGGCAGGAAAUCCAAUGCGCCCACGUUGGUCUGGCAUUUCAUCUGAUCAAAAUGAUGAUGCAUCGUCCGGCACUUGUCUAUGCAGGAUUCCACAGUAGCGAAGCUAGCAGCAUCAGCAAUUCAAAUAAUAGACUAGCGAACCUGCAAAGCUCCAUCGACCUCUGCAUUCAAUCCGCGGAAGAGAUCAUCCGGAUCGCCCGCGAUGUGAUCUUCCACCGAGCGGUCUGUAUCCGAAGCGAUGCCUCGAUCGCAAACUACAUCGUUUCGGCCUGUGUGACAUUGCUGUACAAUGUGCUCAACUCAUCCGUCACGACCGAGUACGCACGAGCAAUUUUCAGCUCGGUCGAGAGUGGAAUUCACUGUCUGGAUCAGAUGGAGCAUUUCGGUCCUAUAACCGGAAAGGCACUAAGUAUGGAUAUCAUGAAGAGUGCCAAAGAUGCACUGAUGCUAUCCACUAGUGAAUCGAACCUCGAACAAGAUUUACUAGAUGACUUUCCCUGGCUGAAUGAUGUAUUUAACCCUCCCAAAGACGACCAGAAUCCAGAACAUAUCGACCAGCCCGUUGAAUUCGUCCCUGAAAUGCGGACAGAGUCAUUACCGAUCUCAACAGCAGCCGAGCGAAACGCGGAUGACUUCAUCUCGGCGAGUAUUUCAGGUGUGGACUACAUGUCCUAUUGGCUGAAUGGGAACUUUACGGCGAUGGAUUUCCCCGAGUCGCUAUAUUGAGACAAGAUAUGAUUGGU